CCUUCACAGCCAACGGAUCGUGUUCAGCAUGAAACUUCCGGCAUAACGUGAAAUGCUCCGCAAGUAAUUUAGGUAGCUUUUAUGAUGAUAUAUUUCGAUGUGACAUAGACGCUAGGUACCAUGGGUGCAAAACGGAGCGCGGGCGACGACGACGAGCGCCAGACUGGCUGCCCGCACGCCCGCGCAUGCGAGCUAAAAGCCACCGACUACGGGAAUCUGCUCUUGCAGCAUGAUUUGUCAAAGCAGGCCGGACAGGCCGUGGGCCCCGACGGCGCGUCAGGCGGCGGUGGCGGCGGCGGCGGCCCGCACGGCGCCUCCCACGCCUGCUGCGCCUGCGGGCAGCUGGUGUCGGCCUGCCCGCACAUGCCCGCGCUGCCGGGGGCUGGGGGCGGCGGCCUGGGCGGCGGCGGCGGUGGCGUGGCGGCGCUGAGUGGCUGCGGCGCGUGCGGCUGUGCGCUGUUGCUAGACGUGCCGCGGCGGGAGCUGUACUGCGCCGCGUGCGGCGACUUCGUGUACUGCCCGCACUUUGACAGCGGCAGACAGCUGGCACACGUGGUGGGCGCCUACCUGGGCCGCGGCCUCGCCCCCGCACUGCCGCCGCACGACCCCGCACACGACGUGCGCAGCAAGCGGGCCCGCGCCGCCGCAGACACCGGGCUGUCGGCGCUGAGGCAGCAGCUGGCGGCGGCGGCGGCGGUGGCAGGCGGGGGAGGAGGAGGAGGCGGAGCAGGCGGGGGAGGAGGAGGAGGCGGAGCAGGAGGAGGAGGCGGAGGAGGCGGAGCAGGAGGAGCAGGCGGCGGGGGGCAGGCGCACGGGGCGCCCGGAGCGCUGCUGCUGGCUCCAAGCUACGGCGGCGGCGGUGGUGGCGGCGGCGGCAGUGCGGGGCCCGUCCACCCCCACCACCACCCGCCUGUGCCGCCGCCGCCUGCUGCCCUGCCUGCCCUCCCCUCUGACGGCUUCCCCGCCGGCCUGCGCGGUCUGAACAACCUGGGCAACACCUGCUUCAUGAACGCAGUGCUGCAGGUGUUCCUGCACUCGCCCCUCUUGCGCAACUACUUCCUGGGGGCUGGCCACUGCCCCGCCGCAUGCAGCCGCCAGCAGCAGCAGCAGCAGGCGGCGGCAGGGAGGUCGGGAGGAGGAGGAGGAGGCAGUAGCCGGCGGCCGUGUCUGUCGUGCGAGAUGGACGCGGUGUUUGCCGCCGCCUACAGCGGCCAGCGCUCCCCGCUCAGCCCCACAGACUUCCUCACCGCCUGGUGGAACUUCGCAGACAGCCUGGCCGGCUACCAGCAGCAGGAUGCCCACGAGUUCUACCUGUCCACACUGUCCGGCCUCAUGUCCGCAGUCAUCGCGCCGCCGCCGCCGCCUCAGCUACAGCCGCUACAGCCGCUGCCACAGGCACAGCUACAGCUACAGCUGCCGCAAGGGCCGCUGAUGUUGAACGGGGCCGUGAAGGCGGAGGAAUAUGGCGGCGACGCAGCGGCGGCGGUGGUGGCGGCGGCGGCGGGCGCAAACGGCUGGCAGCCGCACGGUGACCUGAGGGGGACGGCGGCGGCGGGGCCGGGGGCAGGGGCAGCGGUGCUUGCAGGUGCCGACGACAGGGCAACAGUGGGCGGGGACGCAGCGGCGGCGGCGGCGGCGGCCUAUGCUGCGAGUCUGCGGACUCGGCGCCUGUCGCCACCGGGCCACCCGCACCACCCACACGACCAGCCGCCGCACCCGCACCCGCCGCACCACCACCCCACACCACCUCACGCACAGCCGCAUGCGCCGCACGCCAAUGGCACCACCACCCCCAUCCCCACCCCCACCCCCACCACUGGAGGUCCGGGCGACGGCGUGAAGUUGGAGCCCGGUGUGUCUGACGCCGCCGCCGCCGCCGCCGCCGCGUCUCCAGCAGCCCUGGACUCGGUAAUGGCAGCGACGGCCGCCGCCACUGCCGUCGCCGCCGCCGCGGCGGCUGCCGCUGUACCAAGCGGCGAGCCGACAGCCGCCACCGCCACCGCCGCCGCCGCUGCUUCCAAGCCGCCGCCGCCGCCGCCGAGCCUGGUGGAUUGUGUGUUUGGCGGCGUGCUGCGCAGCGACGUGACGUGCUGCGUGUGCGGCCACACCUCCACCGCCUUCGACCCCUUCCUGGACAUCAGCCUGGACAUGGUCCCAUGCACAGUGGCGGCGCCGGCACUGGCCGGCGGCGCCGGCGGCGGCCACCCCGGCGGCACCGGCGGCGGCGGCGGCCCACUGCCCUCCGCCAGCCCCACCCCCGGCACCACUCCUGCCGUCACCGCCACCGCCACCGCCACCGGCUCCCUCACCCUGGGCGGCACCUCGCGCGGCCUCACCGGCGUCACCGGCGGCGUCACGGGCGGCGUCACGGGGGGCGCCGAGGCGGAGGGCGGGGCCGAGGACGACGAGGAGGGGGACGUCGACGGACCCAAUGCAGGCGCCUCCCGCCGCCAGCGGCGGCCUGGCAGCGGCCGCCGAGGCGCAGGUGGAGGCGGCGGGGCGCUGGAGGGGCCCUCGGCCUCCGCGUGCGGCGGCAUGGGCGCCGGGGCGGGCGCGGGGGAGGGAGGGGCUGGCGGCACGUCGUCUCAGAGCGUGUCGCUGGGGGCGGCAGCAGCCGCGGCGGGGGCGGGGGCGCCGGGCUCGCAGUCGCCUUCUCAGGCCGCCGGCGGCGGGGGCGGGGGCGGGGGCGGCCGCGGGCGUGGCGUGGCGACGCAAGGGGAGAGCCCCUCGCCAUCACCCUCCACUGGAAGUGGCAGCGGGCCGGCGGAGGAGCAGGAGGAGCAGGAGGAGCAGGAGGAAGGGGGCCGCCGCCGCCGCCGCCGCAGUGAGGCGAUGGAGGGCUCUUCAUCGGCCUCGGAGGCAAGCAGGGGCCCGGGCCGGCGCGGCGGCGGUGCGGUGAGGGGCCGGGGCGCCGCGGGGGCAGGGGCGGGGCGGGGGAGCAGGGCGGGCCGGGGCGGCGGCGCGUCGCCCGCUGUUGCAGGCGGCGGCGGCUUGACGUCGGCUGGCGGGCGGCGGGCGCCCACUCCUUGCACGGCGGACGCGCCCGGUCCCGACGACGCCGCGGCGCCGGACCAGUCCAGCCCGCGAGGCGGCGGGGCUGGGGGCCGGGGCGGUACGGGUGCUGGCGGCACUGGCGGCGGCAGGGGGCCACAGGGCGCCCUUGCCGGCACUGGCACUGGCGCUGGCAGCGGCGCGCCCUCGCUGCCACACGGCGCGCAGCAGCGGAGCCCACGCAAGGGCGCAGCCGGCGGCGGCGCGGGAGCGGCAGUAGCCGGCGCGCAUGCGUCUGGACCGACGGUGGCGGCGGCAGUAGCAGGCGCAGUGGCGGGCGGGCACCUGCUGCGCACCACCAGCGACUCCAUGGCGGCGGCGGAGAGCGCGGCGGACGGCGGCGGCGGCGGCGGGGUGGGACAAGCGGAGGAGGCAGGCGAGGAGCAGGAGCAGGAGCGGCAGGGCCGGCGGCGGCAGGGCGGCGGCCGCGCCGCCGCCUCCCGCGACGUAUCACCUGGCGAGGGCGAGGCCCUGGGUGAGGGCGUGAGUGCUUCCGGCGAGGCUGAGGGCGAAGGCGAGGGGGAGGGGGAUGACGGCUUUCUCACGGCUACUGAGGCCACCGAGCCGCCGCCAUCGCAGCAGCAGGCGCCCGGGCGGGAGGAGGCCAAUGGCAACGGCAGCGGCGACGGCGCGGGCUGGGCGGACGCCGAGGGCCCCAACGGAGAGCCCAUGGACACGGACGCCCAGGCCGGCGGCGAAGACGCGCAGCAGCAGCAGCAGCAUAUGCAGCAGCAGCACCGGCCAGUGGCGGGGCGCGGUCGGGGGGCGGGCGGGAGGGUGGCUCGAGGCGGCUUUGGAGGCCUGGGCCGUGGCCGCAGCGGCCGCACCGGGGCGCGGGGCGGGCGAACCAUGGGCCGGGGGGCCGGGGCCGGGGCCGGGGCCGGCAGGCGGCCGCUGGCGGGCGCAGGUGGCGGCGGCGGUGGGCGCGGUGGGCGGCGGGCGGUGGUGCCGCAGAGCGGUCAGCCGGGCGCGAGUGCGGGCGACAUGGUGGACGCCCGGCUGACGUCAGCGGGCGCUGGCGCGGCCGCAAGCCCGCACGGCGCGGGUGGUGUGGGCAGCACCAGCCUGGCGGCCUGCCUGCGCGCCUUUGUGACGCCGGAGCGGCUGCCCGCCUCCGAGGCCUCCUGGGUGUGCGGCGCCUGCCGGCGGCAGCAGCCGGCGGUGAAGCAGCUGUCGCUGCGGCGGCUGCCGCCCGUGCUGGCGCUGCACGUGAAGCGCUUCGAGCACCGCGGCCAUCACCACCACGGCCACGGCCACCACCACGGCCACGGCCACCACGGUGGAGGCGGAGGCGGUGGUGAUGGGCAGGCGGGAGGGCUGGGCCAGAGGCUGCAGGAGCGGCUGAUGGGGGUGGGGGCGGCGGCGGGCGCCGUGGGCGCGGGCCUGGCGGCGGCAGCUGCGGCGCUGGCGGGCGGCGGGGAGGCGGGCGGGCUUGGCCUGGCGGCGGCUGGCGGCGGCGGCGGCGGCGGCGGGCACCGGCCGGGGCGGCACGUGGCUCGUAAGAUACAGACGCAGCUGCACUUCCCGCUGCAGCUGGACCUUGAGCCCUACACCAGUGCCGCUGUGCUGAGGAGCAGGUACGCCAUGCCGCCGGGCCAGGCGCCGCCGGGGCAGCCGCACCCGCACGUGGCGUGCCUGCAGCAGGACCAGGACCAGGAGGAGCACGGACAACGACAGCAGCAGCAGCAGCAGCAGCAGCAGCAGCAGCAGCCGGGUGCGGGUGGCGGCUGUGUCAAGACGGAGGCGGACGAGGACAAGGGCGCGGCCGAGCUGGGCGCCGGCAGUAGCAGCACACCUGCAGACAGCGGCAGUAGCGGCAGUGGCGGCAGUAGCAGCACCGCCUACCAGCUGUUCGCGGUGAUCAGCCACAAGGGCGACCUCAGCGGGGGGCACUACGUCGUGUUCGUGCGGCCCCAGCAGCAGCCGCAGCAGCCGCUGGGCGGCGGCUGUAGCAGCGGCGGCAGCGGGGCGGGCGGCGGCUGUAGCAGCGCCGCCGGCGGCGGCGGCGGCGGCCAGUGGUACCAGUGCGAUGACGCCUGGGUGACGGCGGUGAGCGAGGCGGACGUGGUGCGCUGCCAGGCCUACAUGCUGUUCUACACACACGCGCCGCAGCCACGGCCGGCAGUAGCAGCAGCAGAAGCGGCAGCAGCAGAGGCGGCGAAGGAGGAGGGCGGGCUUGUGAAGGAGGAGGGCGGCAGGGCGGCGGGCGCCCGGGUGCGGGUGAAGGCGGAGCAGUGAGCGUGCGAGUGAGUGUGAGAGGGCAAGCCGUGCUUGUGUGGUUGCGGCGCCGGAUCAGACAGCCACGCAGGUUGUGGUUACACGGCUGCAUCCCUGCUGGUGCCGGCGGCAGCAGCACAGCAGUGGCAGCAGCCAAAUGGGCGCAUAUGUCAUGUGGAGUAUGGGCAGGUCAGUAAGUAGCGUGGGCAGUGAGGGGGCCCUGGGGGUGCAGCUAGGUAGGGCCAGGCGGCAAGGGCAGGAACAGGUGCAGGUGCAGGAUGCCGCUAGGUAGAGCCGGGACAGAACAGUUCCAAGACACGUAAAGACUUGCAUGAAGGCAUUAAGGCAACGGCGCUGCGGCCAGCGGGGAGCUCCAGCAUGAUACAACUGUGCGUGUUUUUUUUGGACAUGUGUUAAUGCCUAUUGCAUGUAAAUAGGUGGCAGGGAAAAUUCGGGCGGAGCGAGAAGUGCCUUCGCACGUCCAUGGACAAUUGACUUUCGCGAGGUUGCCCGAAAAGCAAGCCAUGGCUUUGCGCAGUAUGGCCGCCGCCGGCGGCGGGGCCGGGCUGAGAGCCUGAACGGCGCUAGCAGGGCGUGGGGCUGAGGGUGCACGUGUUGAUUGGCGGCGAGUGACGUGACUAGUUUGUUAGCUGCGGGUUAGCACGGACUGUGCACCCCACCCAACCGGCCACGUCCGGAUUUGCGGGGAUGCCAAAGGCCCCCAACAUAGAGGCGUGUGCUUAGUAGGCGCCCGCGUCAAGGUGGCUGGGUUGAUAACGACCCGGGAUCAGCCCUUUUCCUGCCAUAAGGCAGCCACCUCCUUGUUUUUGGACAUCAUCGUUUUGCCUAUUGGCAGUCGAGUAGGGCGCGCGCGACCCCUGCAGCCGACAACCUUCUAUUAGAUUGUGAAGGUGGGCAUACUUCGGGGACCUCGAUCGGAAGAGACAUUGUGCAGGAGCCUCCAUGCUGCUAUGUAGUUGUGCUUGGCAACACGUGCCGCACGAUGGGUGCAAUGGGACAGGGUAAGUAAGGGGCAGGUUGACGCAGUCCCGUGGCUGGUAUAGAAACAAGUUACGACCAGUCCAGGCGCCAAUGAAACAUGGAAAGAUGAGAAUACGUGGCCCCAGCGCCAUGCGCCAUUUUUUGCAAGCCCG